CAAUAGGAGGAGUCUCAUACGACGCUCGGGCGCUAUUCUGUUCUUUGCUUUGCCGCUGAGAUUCUAAUGCACCGGAGCCCAAUCAAGCUCAGAUAAUGCAAUCUCCCAACUCUUACUUCUAGAGCACGCUGAUCUGAGGACCACACAAACGGCAUGGGCACAGACGCAACGCCGCAUCGUUCAUACCGAAACCUCUUCUUGUAGACGGGAAUUGUAUUUUCUUCAGUCACUUCGGAUGGCAGAUCUUGAGCAAGGAGGAGCAGCCUCUCCCCGAGCCCAGCAGCUCUUCUGAACGCGAGGGAUCGGAUCUGAGAAAGCCCGGGGUGCUUCCAGCUGCUCUUGUGCUUCUUCUUUCCGAAGGGGAAAGUAGCAGGAUUACCAGCAGAUAGAUGUAAAUUGAAGGACACUUCUGAUAGGCACUGGUGAGGAAGAAGGGGGGAAAUCUGCAGACUGUGAGAGUCGGGAGCUCGCGCGCAAGGCUCAAUAUAUCACUGGAUUCUACAUUUAUACCUCAAGAAAAAUGUCAUCUCAUACGAAGAUCAGGAAGGACAAGGAGAUCAUUGCGGAGUAUGAAACGCAAGUGAAAGAGAUCCGUAAUCAGUUGGUGGAGCAGUUCAAGUGCCUGGAACAGCAAUCAGAGGCUCGGAUCCAGCUGUUGCAGGACCUGCAGGAGUUUUUUCGGCGCAAAGCUGAGAUUCAACUGGAGUAUUCUCGCAGUCUGGAGAAACUGGCUGAAAGGUUCUCAUCAAAGAUUCGCGGCCCGAGGAAAGAACAACACCUCCUCUCUUCAGUAAACUGCUGGUAUCUGGUUUUGAACCAGACUCGAAGAGAAAGCAGAGAUCAUGCCACACUUAACGACAUCUAUAUUAAUAAUGUCAUCGUUCGCCUGGCUCAGAUCAGCGAGGACGUCAUCCGGCUCUUCAAAAAGAGUAAAGAAAUUGGCAUUCAGAUGCACGAGGAGCUGGUGAAAGUGACAAACGAGCUGUAUACUGUGAUGAAGACGUAUCACAUGUACCACACGGAGAGCAUCAGUGCAGAAAGCAAACUGAAGGAGGCAGAGAAACAAGAAGAGAAGCAGUUCAGCAAAUCUGGAGACCUCAAUGUCAACCUUCUGCGCCACGACGACCGACCCCAGCGCCGCAGCUCAGUCAGGAAGAUUGAGAAGAUGAAAGAGAAGAGACAAGCAAAGUACUCCGAGAACAAACUGAAAUGCACAAAAGCCCGCAAUGACUAUUUAUUGAACCUGGCAGCCACCAACGCCGUCGUGGCGAAAUAUUACAUCCACGAUGUCUCGGAUAUGAUUGAUUGCUGUGACCUCGGGUAUCACGCUAGCUUGGCACGCACAUUAAGGACCUAUCUGUCUGCUGAGUACAACCUGGAGACCUCUCGCCAUGAGGGUCUGGAUAUCAUUGAGAACGCUGUGGACAACCUGGACCCUCGUAGCGACAAGCACAAGAUCAUGGACAUGUACAAUCAGGUCUUUUGCCCACCCAUGCGCUUUGAGUUUCUGCCGCACAUGGGAGAUGAGGUGUGCCAGGUGAGCGCUCAGCAGCCCGUCCAGACUGAACUUCUGAUGCGUUACCACCAGCUGCAGUCCCGCUUGGCCACACUCAAGAUUGAGAAUGAGGAGGUGCGCAAGACCCUGGAUGCCACCAUGCAGACCUUACAAGACAUGCUGACAGUGGAGGACUUUGAUGUAUCCGAUGCCUUUCAGCACAGCCGAUCCACAGAGUCCAUCAAAUCCGUGGCUUCUGAGAGUUACAUGAGCAAAUUAAACAUUGCUAAGAGACGAGCCAAUCAGCAGGAGACGGAAGUCUUCUACUUCACUAAAUUCAAGGAGUACCUGAACGGCAGUAACCUCAUCAUUAAGCUGCAGGCCAAGCAUGAUCUCCUGAAACAGACUCUGGGGGAAGGAGAAAGAGCUGAAUGUGGAACUACAAGACCCCCAACCCUUCCCCCGAAACCACAGAAAUUGCGGAAACCAAGGCCUCGUUCCAUCUAUAACCAUAAGCUGUUUAAUGGCAAUAUGGAGAGUUUCAUUGAGGACUCAGGUCAACCCAUUCCUCUGGUGGUGGAGAGCUGUAUUCGAUACAUUAAUCUAUAUGGGCUGCAGCAACAAGGCAUAUUCCGAGUUCCUGGAUCUCAAGUGGAAGUCAACGAUAUUAAAAAUUCAUUUGAAAGAGGUGAGGACCCACUGGUUGAUGAUCAGAGCGAUCAUGACAUCAACUCUGUGGCUGGCGUUCUCAAGCUGUAUUUCAGAGGACUGGAGAACCCUAUUUUCCCCAAGGAGCGAUUCCUGGAUUUGAUCUCCACCAUCAAGCUUGAAUCAUCUGCGGAAAGAGCCCACCAUAUCCAGCAGAUCAUCGUCACCCUUCCUCGUACCAUCAUCAUCGUCAUGCGAUACCUGUUCGCUUUUCUAAAUCAUCUGUCCCAGUACAGUGAUGAGAACAUGAUGGACCCAUAUAACCUUGCCAUCUGUUUUGGACCCACUCUGAUGCCCAUCCCGGAUGGUCAGGACCCUGUGGCCUGUCAGGCUCAUGUUAAUGAGGUCAUCAAGACCAUCAUAAUCAACCACGAGGUCAUCUUCCCCAGCCCGCGUGAGCUGGAUGGCCCUGUCUAUGAAAAAUGUAUGACUGGAGGAGAGGAGUACUGUGACAGUCCUCACAGUGAACCAGGCACCAUUGAUGAAGCUGACAACUGCACUGAACCACACACGAGCGAUGAUGAGGUUGAGCAGAUCGAAGCUAUUGCAAAGUUUGAUUACAUGGGUCGGACUCCUCGAGAGUUGUCCUUCAAAAAAGGUGCAUCCCUUUUGCUGUAUCAUCGUGCAUCUGAGGACUGGUGGGAGGGCAGACACAACGGGGUUGAUGGACUCAUACCUCACCAGUAUAUAGUAGUACAAGACUUGGAUGAUGCGUUCUCUGACAGUCUGAGUCAGAAGGCUGACAGCGAGGCCAGCAGUGGACCUUUACUGGACGAUAAAGCUUCAUCCAAAAACGAUCUGCAGUCCCCUUGUGAACCUUCGCCUGAUUACAACUUCAGCGGGGUCAUGGGCCGGGUUAGGUUGCGUUCGGAUGGGUCUGCCAUUCCUCGGCGCCGCAGUGGCAACGACUCUCACAGUCCUGCCCGAGACACACCGCCGCGGGCCGCCGCCUGCCCCAGCAGUCCCCACAAGGUGGCAGUCAGUAGAGGCCACAUAGAGAGUCCAGAGAAGAGACGUUUGGGAACCUUUGGCAGUGCAGGCAGCAUUAACUACCCUGAGAGAAAGGUCUAUCCUGAGGGUCACCCGCUCAGGCCGCUGCCAGGAGCAACAAGACACAGCAGCCUAGGAGACCACAAGUCCUUGGAGGCUGAGGCUUUAGCAGAGGAUAUUGAGAAGACAAUGAACACCGCACUUCAUGAGCUCCGUGAGUUGGAACGCCAAAACACAGCCAAACAAGCUCCUGACGUUGUUCUGGAUACGUUAGAACCGCUCAAGAACCCUGCGAGCUCAGAGCCUCCGAGCCCCUUACACACCAUCAUGAUCCGAGACCCGGACGCGGCCCUGAGACGCAGCAGCAGCUCCAAUACAGAGAUGAUGACCACCUUUAAACCGGCGCUGUCCGCCAGACUGGCUGGAGCCCAGCUCAGACCUCCACCUAUGAGACCUGUGCGACCCCCGCCCACACAGCACCGCUCCAGCAGCUCCAGCUCCUCUGGGGUGGGAAGCCCUGCCGUGACCCCCACAGAGAAGAUCUUUCCAAACAACGCAAGUAAUGCUGCAGCUUCCUCCACCAACUCUGGCGAGAAACCCGGGACCAUGUAGCAGCAGCAGCAGGCCCGUGGUGCGGUGUAGCUACCUGCGCUGCUGAGGGCUAGAUGCUCAUUCCAGGAAGGAAGUUCAGGAGUGCCAUUUCAUUUCUGAAUUAUUUUUUGAGCCUUUGAGAGUUCUAGACAUGUAGCUGAGUUUUGGCCUAGUGGUUAGGCUUGUUGAGCCGGGUUGUGGAUGAUGUGAGUCGAGUCUGGCUCAGGUGAUUUUUCCCAUUCCAUUGCGUUCUUCCCAUCAUUUCCUGCCCUCUCUUUGAAAAAAAAAAAAAAAAAAAUCCUACAAUACAAGGGAAAAAAAGACAAAUCCAGGGUAAAUGUCAUGCUAUUAUAAAAAGAAGGUUGAAUAAAAAGAUCAGUUCCACUUUUUUAUUUUUUAUUAAUUUUAUUUUCAUUAUUAAUUUUACCUCAGAGUUACUAUUAACUUGUCUUCUUUGUCCACAUUUUUAUUUAGAGCAAGAUCAAGCGAGUGGUUUGCAUUUAUUUCUCUCUGCACUGGUUGGCCAGAAGAGUUCUGUUAUUAAUGAAUGCGUAAACUCUCAUUGGAGGACCGUUUUAAAAUUAGUGAUAAGUCCCGCCCUCCAGAACUGGACUGUACAUAUAAUAGAACCAGACGGUCACUCAAAGACUGUCUAACAUGGCCAGCUACCUUUGAGCUUUUGUAAAUAGAGAUAUACUGUACUUGAACUUGUAAUGCCUUUCGUUUGUAGAAUAAGCGAUAUACAUCGAAGUAACAACAUAGCCAAGCUGUAUACAUAUAUGAGAUGCAGAAAACCAAUAUACCAACUAAUUGUAUGAAACCUGUGGUAAAAUGUAGUUUUACUUGUAUAUAAAUUUUGGGUAGAUUUCUUUUUAAAUGUCAAUCUUGUACAGCCGAGGAGAGAACAGGCAGGGAGACUAGAACAGCUUUUAAAAUGUACAACCGAGACGCAAACAAAUAAUCAAUCAAUAGUCUGAGCCAUUAAUAUUAAUAAUAGUUUGGAGAGUGCUCUACUUUUUUCUUCUCUGUGUUUUUUGAAUCACAUCAACUUUCUAAGUUCAUCAUGCCUAAUUUACACAUGUAAAUGCUUCACUCUUAUAAAGUUAUGUGGCCUUAAGGCAUUCCAUUGAGCUCUAUGUUAUUGCAAGAAUCCAUCAUUUACAUAUUUAAAAUAGUACUGCUUUGGACAUGUAUUCCAUAUAUACUCUGUUAACCGUUAUAUCAAUAUUAAUACUUACUACCAGAUGACACACAAGCUACCCAAGUAGAAGGGUAUUUUACACCAAACAUGCCGGGGACUUUUGAUGAAAAUUAGAAAAAAAAGAAAAUAAAAGUAUUAGUUGUCAUAGUAAUAAUAUCAUAACAGAAAAUUCUUAUAGGACUCAUUUUCCAGCUCAAAAUAUAUUGUAAUUUUUUUUUUCUAUUGAUUUUUACCAUGAUCCAUUCAUACUUUUGUGGGAUUCACUCAAAAACUUUUUUAAUUUUUAUUUAAUGCAUUUGUAAAUGCAUACCACACUGUCUCUGACUAUGGACAGAUCCCUCCUCCCGAUCUAAGUGUUCAAUGUGAUAAUAUCAUAACACACAUAAAUUAUAAAUUAUAAAUAUACAAUAAUGCAAAAAUAUCCUAAAAUUACUUUUUUUUUUCUUUCUUUAUUUUUUGGGGACAUACUUUUGUAAGAUUCACCAUAAAGUCUUCUUUUUGUAAGAUAUAGGAUGCCAAUUAAAGCAUCUUUUCUAGUGCAAAGAAUGAUGCAUUUGUAAAUCCAUGCCACACUCCCUGUGAUGAGGUACAGAUCCCUCCUUCACAUUUAAAUAUUCAAUAGCCUAGAGAAACCAGCUCCAACAAGAGAAACUCCACUGCCCCCAAUCUGUCAUAUCAUCUCCGGUUCAUCUUCAGCAUUACCCCUCCUCCGUGAGCUGUGCUUGAAGAGGGAAUACCCAGCCAUGUACAAAAUUUGCCCGACUGACCUAGAUAUCCACUUAAACACGCUGAGCCCAAAGCUUUAAUCUCGUCUUCUUCGCUGAUUAUACCUUUGCGGUUUAACUAGGAAUUUGCCACUUCACGCGUGCCAAUCAUAAUGCUUGUGUAAGGAUAAAAAUAAUUGCAUAAAAAUGGUUCUUCUAAGAAAACAGUACUGUUACAACGCACUAUUUUUAAUCUAGUAAUAUCUCUAGAUUUGCGUUUGAUGUCAUGCUUGAACUGUUACAUGAUCUGUCUCCGUUAGUCUUAUGUUUCUCGUUGGUGCCAUGCUAAUGUACGCUUUCAUUUGGGGCAUAAAAAAAUUUAAAUCUCUUCUGAGACUCCAUGUACUGUUGCUGCCAUCUUGAAUUACUUGGAAAUGCCUGAUAAUUAGCUUCUGUCUGAAUUCCUCAGCUUUGUAGCAGCAUGGGACUGCUGUCCGCAUGUGAGGGAGACUGACUUGCAUGUGCUUCUCUUUAGCAAGCAGCACUGUUUGAAGACUUACAGUGGUGCUUUCCCUAGAUACAAUUCCCAAUGUCCUAAAAUAUGUUAACCUUUUAGCCGAGAGGGAGCGAUUUGAAACCGGGUCUGUAGCUGUGAGGAUUCAGCUCAUCUCAGGAAGUGAUUCUAAUUUUGUUUAUAAAGUCUCUUACCAUACCACUUCCACAUAGGCAUCAUUAAUUUAUCAUAUGCAUAAAGGCUAUUAUUUACUAUUACUAGGGCACAUAUCUAUUUCUGGAGGGUCAUUUGAAUUCAGCCAUGACACUUCUGCAUAAUUACAUCUGGAUGGAUGAGCGUUGAAUUCUGUUUACAGUAAAGAACAUGCAUAAUAUUGCAGUCAUAAUUCAGUGUAUAAAACAGACAGUUUUGGGUCAUUUUUCUGCGAUUUGAAGUAAAACGUGUGCAUACCCAUAAAAAAAAUUGAGAUUUCCAGGUGUCCAAAGUAAUUAAAAUAAUGGCAAUUUCUAUAGUGAAUAAAGGUACUGUAUGAGGGCUUAUGUUUAAUUUACAGUAAAGAAAUUGUGUAGAAUACUGCUAUACAUAACUCCUAAUUCAAUAUAAAUCAGACCGUUUUGGUUCAUUCUUCUGUGAUUUGCAAUAAAGUGUUGCCAAGUUCAUAGAAAAUUAAUUGUUACAGAAUAACAGGAAAACCCAUACCUGUACUUACUAUAGAAACUGAAUACUUUUUAUGACUUUUGAGGCCUGGACAUCUCAAUUGUAUAAUUCUCUGAUAUUUCCGGGCCUCUAAAGUCUUUAAAAAAUUAUUUAAAAUAUCACCAUUUUCCUUAGUAAAUACAAGUAUGAGAUUUCCGUUAUUCUCACUGAAAAAAAUGAAUUGGCUCCAAAUAAAUAUGUAAAUUAAAAAUGUAAAAUGAAAUGUUUUCUUUAUUUUUUUAUUGUUAAUAAUAAUAAUAAUAAUAAUAAUAGUCCUCAAAAAUACAAAGAUAAAUUUUUAUCCAGUAAUCAAUUCUGACAAAAAGGUCAUGGAAAUGUAUUAAUAAAAGUGUGAGAGCCCUUGCAUUACCAGUUCAGUCUUGUUUAGUGUGGAUUUACCAGAUAAACAUUCUUCACAUAUCUGGACUAAGACAAAUACUGCCCUCUGGUGGCCUUAAAUGGCCUGUCCCUGCUCCCUCUGUUGGUCAGUGCUGGUAGAGAGAAUAAAAACAGUUGGCAGACAUGAAGCUGUCUGUUACAAAUGUAACCACAUUUCUUACUGUUUCUCAUAUGUUCUAUCUUGUCUGAGUGUCAUUCUUUAACUCUAGCUUGCACUAGCAGCCAUGCACCAAAGGAUCACGUAAAUCAGUGUACGUUGAGACACCCACAACCAUACACUGUCUUUACUCAUGUUGUAAUCAUGCCUUUGAGUGUCAUGAGUUUCAUGCAUUUGAAUACUUGAGUAUCAGACUUCUGCUCUGGAAAGUCAGCUCAUUACGUUCUCAUAUAUCUGUUGUACAGCUCAUCUAGAGCAUACUGUAUAGUAGCGCUCAUGUAACGAGCCAGUGUUUGAUAAUAAAUGAUAUCAAGUUUACAGAAACUGCCAUCCAUAACAUACUAAAAUAGUCGUGGCUGUGUCACUCAUCUCCGUCUAUCUCUCCUCUGCCAGUGAACUCAAGGUUGUGCUGUGAAAAGCGUAUACUUUUGCUGUUAAGUUAAAUCUUCUACCCAAGCUAAUGCAUUGCAGUAUUUAAGGCCGUGUUGGUCUGAUAAUAGGAUGUUGUAUGGUACUUGCACGAUUACUAAGGCACUUGGUGCAUCCCUGUACUUAAUAGACUGUAUGUGAUGUUACUGAAGUAUGUUUUGGGAAUGUAUGCUACAUUGGGCGUGUAUUGUACGUAUGCCACAGUGGGUGUUUAUUGUAUGUAUGCUAAGAUAACAGAAAAUAUAGGCUUUCUCCUUCUCUGGACACUGUGUUCCACAGGACAAAAGUGCCGUCUGUCUGUAGUAGUGGGUUGUGAAAACUGUCGUUUGGGUUUUUUCCUCCUCUAAACACUUUGUCUAGUGAUGCUGUUCUCAAAUGAGUGUUUGAAUGGUUGGAUUUACCCCCCAACCCUCCCUGUGAUGUUACCCUUCACCCUCCCACUGUUUGGAUGUGAACCAUUCUUAAGUCCAAAUAAAUACACUUUUUCUUUUGACCUUA